AUGGUCAGCAAUAUCCAAUGGGCUGUAUUCUGUAUAUCCGUGAUAUUGAGCCUGCUGUCGAAAGUGCAAGGAUUCUCUCCUUCAUCAUCAACUCUACGGAUAUCUCGGCUUCGCGCAUCAACUGAUGCCGACGUUGAUGUCAACGUGGACUUUAAUUCCAAUGGCGACGCUGAGGCCGACCUUCCAGCCAAGAACACUAAUCACGAUGCGUUACAUCAUAGGUCUGUUCAAGCACGAGCUGGGCGUUUGUGGGAUGACGAUGACGACGAAAUGACAACCACGUUGGAGCGUUCUGGGGACACUGCAGCACGAAAACGAGUGUUGGUACUUUGUACUGGUGGAACAUUAACCAUGUCACAUGAUCCAUCACAAGGCGGAUCUUUGGCCCCAGUACAAGGAGCCCUCACCAAAUACUUGCAAAACAUGCGGGAAUUUACAGACGACCCAGAAAUGCCUGAGAUUGUAUCGUUCGAAUACACGCCGCUCAUUGAUAGCUCCGACAUGGGACCUGGAGAUUGGGCCCUAAUUGCGGAAGAUAUUGCAGAGAACUACUACCAUUUUGAUGGGUUUGUUGUACUGAUGGGAACUGAUACAAUGGCGUAUGCUGCAUCGGCACUGUCGUUCAUGUUUCAGAAUCUUGGCAAGCCGGUUGUUUUCACAGGCUCCCAGAUCCCACUCCGAGAACCCUACAAUGAUGCUAGGAAGAAUUUAAUAAUGGCAGUGAUAUUUGCUUCGAGUGACACCGUGUCAGAAGUGACAAUCUUCUUUCAUGAUAGACUCAUCAGAGCGUGUCGAGCGACAAAGGUCAAUACUUCCAAGCUGCUUGCCUUUGAUAGUCCCAAUAUUGAACCGUUGGCAGAAAUUGGAAUCAACAUCGAAGAACGGGAUCACCUGUACCUUCCACCACCAAGAGGCGCCUUCCGUGUUCGAACCGAAUUGGACACUCGCCUAAUCACUCUCCGUCUAGUACCCGGAUUCGAUCCUACUUGCAUCAUUCACAUGAUCAAUGCCGCUCGUGAAACGAAUUUGAAGGGUCUGAUUUUGCAGCUGUACGGAACAGGUAACAUGCCCAGUCUGAAGGACCUAGUGCAGGCCUUGUCCGACGCUACAGCGGCUGGAGUUUGUGUUGUAGUCACUACUCAAUGCCAUACCGGAUCAGUGCUUCUGGGUCAUUACGCCACAGGGCAGGCACUCAUCAAAGCCGGAGCGGUCAGCGCUGGUGAUAUGACUUUGGAGGCCACGUCAGCCAAGCUCUGCUACUUGCUUGGACGAGGGGACCUGACUAUUGAUGAGAUCCGGGAUUUGAUGGGGGUCGAUUUGCGAGGAGAACUGACACCCAAGGAACUAAUGCCACCGCCACCCUUGGCAAGUUCCUACGAGAAGGCAAUUUUCAAAAAGAAUCGUAGUCGCAUCUACUAG